CACACCUGUGACUUUAGCUAUGCAGGGAGUGCUUUGACAGAGGCGUUCUUGUCAGCUCAAAGCAUCCUUCUAACCUAAUUGUUGUUUUGUUCACGUAUAUGGAGAGAGAGGAGCAUUCUGCAGCCAUGCUGAAGCAGAUCCUGGCAGACAUGUACGUGGACCCGGAGCUCCUGGCAGAGCUGAGCGAGGAGCAGAAGCAAAUCUUGUUCUUCAAGAUGAGGCAGGAGCAGAUCAGAAGGUGGAAGGAAAGAGAAGUCCCGGUUACUUCGCCACAGCCGGCAGUGAAGAAAGUCCAUGGGAAAUCCGUUCAGUGGAAGCUCGGAGCAGACGGUGACGUCUGGGUGUGGGUGAUGGGCGAGCAUUCCCUGGACAAGCCAUAUGACCAGCUCUGCAGUGACCUCCUUGCUGAAAAAGUGAAGCAGCAGUCGCUUCAAGAAGCAGGGGCAAAAAGGUUGGUAUGGCUUUCCAAACAUUCAGAACAAUACUUAAAAAUCUGGCGCAACCGGUCAGGCUGGCUGGUUUUUCCUGACAGACGAAGGGAUCAGGCACUGACUAGUACAAACUGGGAACCGCUUGGUUCGGAUGAAAGAUUCUGCAAACCAUGUUUGCCUUUUGAAGACCUGCCUUUGUCAAUUUAUGCUGCUCCCACAAGUAAGCCAAGAGGUAUAGAACAGAUGUUGGCAGACUCUAUCAAUCAUUCAAGGAAGUACGGCUCAUGGCAGAGGAAAGAAGAGGAAAUGAAUACAACUGUGAAUGAGAGCAGAGCACAGGAAGUGACCCUAAAUCGCACCUACGAGUCAAUGGAGAAGUUGGACAAAGAAGAUCCUGUUUGGUUGGAAACUUUGGAGCGGGCAAAAGCAGCCGACGAAAGGCGGCGCUCCCUCGCCAGACAGGCCCGGGAUGACUACAAGAGGCUGUCGUUGCAAGGCACCCGCAAAGGAAAAGUAGCGGGGGUUUCCGCGGUUUUUAAGACAGGGGAGCAGAAACGGCCACUUCCUCCUCCUCCUCCUCUGCCACCGAAACCUAAGCAUCUCAGUUCCGGAAUGACCAACGGCAAACCAGACAGGAAGCACACAGUACAAAGGACUGUCUCCACUUCUACUCAGGAGGCCAUCAUUCGGUGGUUCAAAGAAGAGCAGCAGCACCUCCGAGCUGGUUUUGAGAAAUCCACGGGCCAGGUAGCACCUUGGUUCCAUGGCAUUUUAACCACCAAGAAAGCAGAAGAACUUCUAAGCGGUUUGGCACCUGGGAGCUUCCUGAUCCGGGUCAGUGAAAAGAUCAAAGGCUACGUCCUCUCGUAUUUGUCGGCCAAAGGCUGCAAGCACUUCCUGAUAGACGCAUCCGGGGAUUCGUGCAGCUUCCUGGGUGUGGAUCAGCAGCAACAUUCAACGUUGGCUGACCUGGUCGAUUACCACAAGGAGGAGCCCAUCACCUCUUUUGGAAAAGAGAUUCUGUGUUACCCCUGUGGCCAGCAAGGGGAGGAGCCAGACUACCUUGAUCUUUUCGAGUGAAGCCUGACAUUUCCAUCCUCUACCAUGUGAAGAACCUCUCUUGAAUGGAUAGCUGUGAAGCGGGCAGAAGUUGAGCUAGCUCCCUUCAGCUCUUACAAUAUCCUCGGAAACGGCGAAGUUAUGGUGCAAGUACGUUUUGCUAAUUGAAAUAGCUGGAUAGCUGCCGCAAGUGACAAGAAGAUACAAAGGAACAGGAGGCAGAAUCGUAAAGAAAAUAGCAAAAAGAAUAAAUCUAUUUUGAAAGAUAAUUACAGCAAUUAAAACUUUCCAUAGACACCUUUGUUCAGGCUGAAUCCUGCCCUUGUGUAUUCCUGUUCAAUCAGGCGACAUAGAACAUUUCCAAAGUGUAAUUCACAUUUCCUGUAAAUACUUGAAAGGGUUGUAUUAUUAGCGAAAGCCACAAAUGCAGAAAUAGGGUUGCUCCCAUUAGCCAGUGGCAAGUGAAUGUGGACAAGAGCAGUAAGGCCUCUGUUCGUAUCUUCAAACUGCCUGCAUUUCCUGCAAUCAGACCCCGGUGAAAUCCUGUCCCCCCUGGCUUAUCCCCAUUUUGUCUUUGCAGUUGUUGGGGUGCCUUUAAAACCUGCCAGUGUGGCACAUCCAUGCAGGAGAGUUCUCCCAGUUUCAGCCCUCUCCAGAACUCGCUAGACGCUCAGUCUCUGCAGGUGGCAGAUGCUAAGUGACUCCAGCGUGCAUGAAGGGAAAUUUGUCCCCACGCUCUGUUUGCCUUUCAUUACUCCACAGCCGUCCAGACAGACAUACUACCUGCUUCAGCACCCAAUGCAUUACAGACUGUUGCAGAGUAAAUGAUCAGCAGAUAAAAGAACAGUCCUUCGCAAUGGAUGCUCAUGUGUUGCGGGUGCAAUGAUGGGGAUUUUGAAUGCCGGCUCUUGGUAUGGAAAUAGGGCUGCUAAAAAGGAGUGUUGCUAUUUUUUUGCUGGGAGAUGUUGUGGGUUUUUUAACCAAGCCGUCUCUCUGUAAAGGAAUGGACUCGUCCAUUGCCUGAAUCCCAUUUUAAUUGUGUUCUUCAAUUCACUGUGGAGGGCCACCGUUUUUAGACUCACGCUUCUUCCCCUGUGCCUUGAAAGCAGGGUCUGGGUGGUUUUGCCUUUGCCCCACUGCUUUCCCCCAGAAAACCUGUGGUUUAGCACUGAACCGAGGGGUGAAACGGAAAAGUGUGGCUGGGCCCCCAUUGUGCCUUCAUGAUGGGAUUGGGAAAGUUGUACGUACUUGAUUCCACUUCCAAUACUGUUUGUGCCUUCAAACGUUUCAGGGUGGACACACUGCUUCCUUUCCAAUCAGUGCACUUCCCGUUACUUUUUCCCAAAGUCCUGUCACUUUUUGUACCAGAAAUGUUCCAGUUUAUUCUUUGUCCUGCUUUGGUAGAGCUAUAGUACAAAGAGCGCCCCUCCAGACAGCAGCCACUGCAAUACCAUUGAGGAAGCAGCGCAGAACGACUAAUAAAGUGGAAUCAUGUGUGGACGGUCCAGUAUAAAUCCAUCGCUAAAUGCACUAUUAUUGAGUCAGUAACAUGUUGCAGAAUAAAAAAUACUGCUUGUCUGCAGGGGCCUGGAGUGAGAAACUCUGGAUCAAGAUUUGCCAAAAUGAAAGACAAAGUGGCUGAAAUUUUAAAAGAGACUAUUUGCCUUCUAUGUGCAGAAUCUGGACAAGGCUCCACUAUAGAGCCUUGCUUUUCAAUUAUCAGUAUUAUCUAAUUGUUUGUACAGCUAGGUACCAGUAUGUCAGGAAAUAUAUACCUUCUAUUUUCAUCUGUGUCUGUAUUUAAAUGAUGCUCUGUUUGAAAGGCUGGAACCUCAAGCGCGUAAGAGUAAGAAAAAUCCAAGUCAGCUAAUAUUAAUGUCAAGUCAUAGACAAAAAAAUCAUUGUCUGUUAAAUCCAUCUCUCCUUAAUGUCUCCAAACUGUAUGAGGUUCAGUGCAAGUCAGGACUGGUGCUUCUAGGUAAAAGGCCCUCUUGGCUUUAUUUACCAAUCCACUUGACGACGUUAGAUCUAUUCACAAAAACAUUUUGCAAUUCCGUUAAAAUUGUGCUACAUCUCAGCAGCUCUUUGCAUGUUAAGUGUGCACAAAGGGACACAAAACCCAAAGUGUGCUGUUGAGGAUAAGCAAAGAAGGAUACUGUAGCUGAUAGCACUCAAGGAAAAGUGACCAUAUUAUCUUUACUGACUCCGCAGAAGUUCAGAAGAUAUGGCUUUCUGAGGCGUGUGGGUGGGUGUAUA